UAAAAUUUGUUACUAGACGACUGUAACAAACAAACAUGUAUUUUGCUUGUCAUAACGGAACACAAUGCCCAAUAGCCUGCAUUUGGAACUGAUGUUUCUAUUCAAAUUCAAAAUCAACUGCUGUACCUAACUAUUCCGUUGACAGGAAGCAUCAGCCGGUAUAUAAUAAGUGUUUAUGCCUAUAGAACAUUUUGAAUUGUUGUUUAAAUAGUUUCUUUUGUUUAACAACGGCAAAAUGGCUAAUGUGGCAAAGAAAUUGUCAAAGCUCCCCAAUCGACAAACUUCAGCUAACUCUGAGUCGUCAAAGAGAAGUGAUGUAAAUGUCUGGAGCACAGUUUCAUCUGAAAGUGGUGAGUCAUCGGCAACAUCCUCACGAGUACGAAAACCUUCUGCUUGGUCUACGGUUGCAAAGAGAUUACUUGCACAAAAGACUCAAGAAAAAACAGUUGUUAAAAAACAUUUUGAAAACACCUUCAAGACAUCUCCUGAUACGUACUUUGAUACAAAGAAAGUAAAAGAAUGUGUAGAAGAAACUUUGUAUCUAAGGCUUAAGAACGAAACGUACAACAGUAAAUGCGGUAACCUAUGUGCAAGUCUCGCUGAAAUCAUCAAAGCAAGAGUUAAGGAACUGGGUUUUACAAGGCACAAAUUAGUUGUUUAUUUGGUGAUUGGUCCCAUGCAAGAGCAAGGCAUUAAGGUUGCCAGUCGAUGUGUUUGGGAUGUAAAUUACGAUAAUUUUAUCUCUGUUCAAUUUAGCAACAAGCAUAUGUAUGCCGUUGCUUCAGUUUUUGCCGUCUAUUUUGAUUAAUGAAGAUGAGAUAAUUGUCAAGAUUGAAGAAUACAGUACUGAUUCAACAUAGAGGUUUUUAUUCUGCGCUCUACAAAUAUCCAACCAAUUAAUAACAAUACGUUUGAUUUAUCGUUAAAAAGUUUGAUAGAUUUUGUCGUUAAAA